AUGGCUGAGAAUUUGGCAGGGGGCGAUUUUCGUCAGAAUCUACCAAGGUUCCUACCUGAGAAUCUUGAGAAUAAUAAAAUGUUGUACGAACGAGUUAGUGCGAUUGCAGUAAAGAAAGGGUGCACUCCAUCACAACUAGCAUUGGCGUGGGUUCACCACCAGGGGAAAGAUGUUGUGCCCAUACCAGGAACCACUAAAAUUGAAAACCUUCAGCAAAACAUUGGAGCUUUAUCUGUGAAACUAACACCAAAAGACAUGGCUGAACUUGAAUCUCCACUGGGUCUUGAAACAACUGCAACAUUUGAUCCCCAAACGGACGAGUUUGUCCUUCACAGUCCUACUUUAACUUCAAGCAAAGCAACUGCAGCAAGGGUAGGGAAAUCAAAGUUUAUUAUAAGGGAUGGAACAAACAUGUAUGAUUUCACAUAUGUUGAGAAUGUUGCACAUGCUCAUGUAUGUGCUGAAAGAGCUCUAGCUUCAGAUGGAUCUGCCUCAAAGAGAGCUGCAGGAGAGUUUCUUGCAAAAACUUUGGAUGUUGUUCAAGACAUUGAUUGGGUCAUUUCUCUUGGAAAUGCUUUUGCAAAGCAGUAUGAGCUUUAUACAUAUGAUGAUGAGCAUUCUGCACUACUUCACAGAAAGUUGAUAACAUGA